ACGAAGCGGUGGCUCAGUCCUGCUCUGCCAGGCGCUGCGGUUAUCCGUGCAGUUGCGGGCGCUGCAAGUGCGAGUCGUACUCUGUGGCCGGUACCCAACGCGUCGCCUGCGCUAUGUCCGCCCCACCGCAGCUGCGGGCUCUGCUCCUUGCUGUCAACGCACUGUUACGCAAGCGCCGCUACCACGCUGCUCUGGCCACGCUUAAGGGCUUCCGGAACGGGGCAGUCUAUGGAGCCAAAAUCCGGGCCCCUCACUCACUCGUCAUGACCUUUCUCUUCCGGAGUGGCAGUCUCCGGGAGAAGCUGUGGACCAUCCUGCGGGCCACGUACAUCCACUCUAAGAACCUGGCCUGCUUCGUGUUCACCUACAAGGGGCUCUGCGCUCUGCAGUCCCACUUGCAGGGCAAGACCUACCCGGUGCACUCAUUCCUGGCUGCGUUCAUCGGGGGCUUGCUGGUGUUCAGUGAUAACAAUAACAUCAACAGCCAGGUCAACAUGUACGUGUUAUCACGUGUCAUCUUUGCCCUGUGCCGCCUCAGCGUAGAGAAGGGCUACAUUCCCAAGCCCAGGUGGCACCCAUUUCCGUUGUUCACCGCAGUGGUGUGGGGGCUGGUGCUAUGGCUCUUCGAGUACCACAGCUGGACGCUGCAGCCCUCACUGCGGUCCUCCAUGACCUACCUGUAUGAAGACAGCAACGUGUGGCAUGACAUCUCAGACUUCCUCAUCUACAACAAGAGCCAUGCCUCAAAGUAAUGUAGCCCUGAGAUGCUUACAGCAGCUUCUACGGCAUGAAGACUCCAGGUGUCCAGCUGUGCCUCAAGAUUGACUCCAUCAGUGAAUCCUCACAGAGGAUUCUGCCUUCUCAAGAUCACGGGUAUCAGACUCCAACUUUUAUUACUCCAGGGUCUUCUUUGCUGAAGUAAAAUCACUGAUAUUCACAUCCCGUUAGGUACUCUUGAAUGGUAGAACAAGUGGCUGAAUCAGACUGAGUCACCCUGGGCACGAUCCCAGCUGUGCUGCUGACCUCCAUGAGACCAGGGAAGGCAACACACCCCCACCCCAGGCCUCGGGAAUCAUCAGACUUAGAGGAAGGUCCUGAAGUUGCUUUCUGGUGGGUAUGGAACUUUGACUCCUAUGGAACAGAGGGCUCCUUGCUGGUGGGUGGUGGGUUACAAAUAUGCUUUUAAAAAAUAUUAAAUUCCUUGCCUCAGGUGCUCUACUGGACUCGCUCUGGAGUUCCACUGUCCAACAGAAACCCAAUGUGAGCUAUGUAUGUAAUUGAAGUUUUCUGCUCACCACAUUUAAAAACAGGUAGCAAGAAGCAGAUGAGAUUAAUCUUAAUUAUAUACUUUAACCUAGUAUUUCUAAAGUAUUAUCAUUUCAACAUGUAAUUAAUAUAAAAAAUUAGUAAGAUAUUUUACACCCUUUUUCUUGUCAUCAAAAUCAGGUGUGUGUUUUACACUCAGUUUGGACCACCCAUAUUUCAAGUGCUCAGUCACCAUAUGUGGCUAGUGAUUCACGUGGUGGACAACACCGAAGACUUCCAUCAUUGGGGAAAAUUCUAGUGGACAGUGCAAAUAUAGAGCUGCAGACAUGGGUCUGAGUCCCCACUCCACUGUGUAGCCCUGGGGUGGGUUCUUAACCUCUCAGAGCCUCAGUUUCUUAUAAAAUGAGGAUAAUAAUAAUACAUGGUGUCCACAUUGGACUUGUGUAAAUAUGACUUCCACUACUACUAAUUACUUCCACUUAGUGAGCUCCUACUUCCUCCUGGGUGCUUUGCACAUACUAUUUUUAAUCCAUACAAUGACCUUACAGGUGUGUAUUUUUAUCUGCAUUUCACAGAUGUGGAAACUGAGGACCAGAGUGGGGAAGUAACCUGCCCGAGGUGGUAUGAAAGCCAAGUCAGGGUUGAACCCAGAUCUAUAUGAUUUCAAAGCUCAUGUUUUUUUUCAGUGCCUUACCUUAAAUUUAGAAACCUAAGCUUUGCUAUGCAAAUGUUAGCUGGUUAUAGGAUCUGUUCCAGAGAGGGGCGAAACUCAAAUGUCUGGCAAGUGGCAUAAAUGAAGGUGUUCUGGGUGUUAUGCAGUAGGGAGUGAUGGUGAUGUGGUGAACUGGAGACCCGUGCCCAUCUUGUUUUUUAAAACUACCAUGCUGGAACAAAUCAAACAGGUCUCCAGGAAGAUUUGGGCCAUGGACCACCAAUUUGAGACCUUUGGUCUAGUAGGAAUACUUCAGUCUCUUUUUAUAUGUCAGAAGUUGCUAGUAGAAAUGUACAAAUGAGUCAAUAGAGAUCUCAUUAAAAUGCAGAGUCUCAUUAAGAGCAUUUGGGGUGCGGCUUGAGAGUCUGCAUUGCUCACACACUGCCAGGUAUGCUGCUGCUGGUCUGAGCCACACCCUGAGAAACAAGGUUGUAGGGGAUGAAAUAGGGCCAAUAUGAUCCCAUGUGACAAAUGAGGAAACUGAGUCACAGAGCUGUUAGGUAAUUGAGGUGAGAUUAUAUCCUAUUCUAACAACAGUGUUCUCAGCCAUGAUGUUGUACUACAAGCGUGGGGAAGAUGAUCUUGAAGGUCUCUUAAUUCAGUCUGUAGAGGCUGAAUGAGAUCCCAAGAUUAUGGGGAUGGGAGAGGGUGACCAUCAGCAACCAAGUUUUAUAGCAGAUGCUGUGGUGCCCCACCAAAUCCCGUCAGGCUUGCUGCCUUAGUGCCCACCAGCUGACUUUUCCAGCUGCCGUCCCUGUGUCUUUCUGCCUGAAGGCUCUCACCUGCCAGUGGUGCCUGCCCUGCCACCCCACAGCAGGCCUGCAGUGCCGGAGGAUCAACACCUCCCAAAGGCAGCCCUCACCCAAUGACUGAUGAGUACCCCACACCCAUAGCCCUCACUUGACUAUCCCUGGGAAGGAUAACUCUGCAGUAACUCUGCCCACACUGGCUCCCAGAGUGCCCCAGCAGGACCAAGCUCCUGCUUGAUUACACCACCUUCCCUGUCUCCCUGUCAGUGCUUCCAAAGGGGCCACUUCUCAUGUAAACCACUUGCACUCAAUCCUUGUCUUGGGGUCCCUGUUGGGGGAACCCAAACUAAAACUGGCCUCUGGUACAGCACUUUGAGAGGCAUUGUAGCAUGGUGGUUAGGGACAUAGGUUUUAGAGCCAGAAUGCCUGGGCUCAGCCCUGUUUUCUUGGGCAAGUGACUUAACCAUUCUGUGCCCCUGCUUCCUAAUCUAUGAAAUAGGCGUUCUAAUAGCACACACCUUAUAGGGUGGUCUGGGCGAUCAAAUGAUAGGACGCAUAUAAAGUAAGCACUCAAUAAAUGUUUGCUGUUAUUUCUAAUACAGCAUCCAAACAUAGGAGGAAGUGUGGUCCUAAGAAGGAGUACACCCUGUUUUUAGCCUAUCCUACCCUACCCAAAGCCUAGGCUGCCUGCUUUCCCUACAUCCCCCCACUGCUGCUGGGAGUUGGUUGGCUCCACCACCGACUGUCUCUGCUCUCUAAGAAUAGGUUUCCCUCACAGAUGGCAUCUCUCUGCAUCCUGCCAGAGCAUCUGGUCCUCCAGCUGCUCACUCCAGGGAGGAAGGCAGUGUGGUCCUUGCUGAGGAGCAGAGCUUUGGCUUCCAGCAGACCUGGGAGGGUCCCCACACCGCUCCCUCCUAGCUCAGCCUCCAUUUCCUAAGAUCUGUGCAGCAGGCAUUGCCAAAGGGCCCUUUAUAGGCACUCCAUAAAAGCCAGGUCCUGAAAUAGUGCAGCGGCUCAAUAUGUGUUUGCUAAACAUCCGCUACAUUCUUAUGAAGUCUUCUGACAUGCAGGACUGUAAAACAUUAUUUUUUAAUCGAUAAUACAUACACAUAGUACAAAACUUAAGUGGUGCAAAUGGUGUAUAAGGGGGGAAAGUGUGGUUCCCUCCUAAACCCAAGCUCCGUUCUCAACUCCCUCCCUUGCCAGGGGCACUCACUGUUAGCACUUUCUAGCUCAGCCUUCUUGAGAUACUCUAUGGACAGACUCCUGUAUUUGUCUUAGGAGAAAUUUUUAUAUUGUACUAUCAUCUCAACAGCUCUGGCAUUUCUUGCUUGUCCUCUGCGUGUUUGGUUUCUCUUUGAUCAAUAAUCUGAUAUGAGACUGAGUCCUUGUUUGGGCUUGUUCCCCACUCCCAAGCCCUCCAUUCUGCCCUCCGAAUAUCUUGAGCAGGUCCUUACUGUGAUCAGCAUGAAGUGGACCACUCUAGAUACCCUGAACCUUAAAUAGAUGACACCAAACAUUCAGUCCACGGAGCUCCAAGUGAAAGGGGAAGGACAAAACAAGUAGAUUUGGGGCCCUUCGGCUGUUCCCUCCCAAAUUAGAGAUGGUUCAGUGAACCCAUGUGAGAAUGAUGAUUCACAGGCUGAGACGCCAAGGAACUACCUCCCAUGAUGCUUGCUGCUCCUGCCUUCCACAUCGCAGGCCCCAGAAAGGAUUCUGGGGAUAGCGUUUCUUUCUACAUUGUUCUUUUCUCCUGCUCCAUGAGUGUGUUUUGGGUUUAAAGAAUCGGGUUUUCAACCUGACACCCUCCUAAACCAGAACAUUGUGCUGCACUCCACCUUGGGGCAAACCUCAUGUCGCUUACCUUCCAUGACUUCAGAUGGGUUGUUUUCUUUAAAUAAUUAGAGGAUAUUUAUAAAAGAAACAUUUUUCCCCUCCCCUUGUCUUGUUCCAGAUUCAUAAGGAGAGAGUGUGCCUUGAAGAGCAUUUUGGGUGAGAGGAUUUUACUUUUGACCAGAAGGUCUCCUACAGGACUCACUCUUGUGAGCUGGAAGGCCACAGGGGCCCAGUGGAGAACAGUGGGAAAGCCAGGCUCUCUUCUGAGUAUUUUUCAGGGACGGCUUCCUACUGGGGGGCUCUCUAUAGCAGGUGUCUGCACAAAGUUUGUGUAGAUGUCAUGAUUUCAUAAACAAAACAGGCCUAGGCAGAAUUGAAAAUGUAAUUCAUGGGGUCUCUGUUGGAAACUUUGUUCUUACUGUUCUCCUGGCUUCUCCCUUCAGCUUCUCCUCGUGGGCUGGACGUCUGCUGAGAGAAGGAGCAGGGCCAGACCAUAUAAGCUCUUGUAGGACAGUCCUUUUUAGGGUGUCUUUUUUAUGGAUGUCAUGAACCCCUUUGGCAUCUGAUGAAUUCUGUGGAUCCUUCUCAGAAUGCUCUUUUUCAAGCUCAUAAAACAUACAUAGGGUUACAAGAGACAACAAUUAUGUUGAAUAUUGAAAUAAUUAUCAAAAUGUUUUUAAAAUUCAUGAUUUUAUAAUUAUGUUCUUUUUUUAAUACAUUAAAUAACUAGCUCUAGUGGCAGGUCUGAAACCACGCAGUUCCACAAGUACAAGAAGCAUAAACAGUAUCUCAGGAUACCUGCAGCAGCUGUGAGAAGAUACGGAAAUAGCCAUGAUUUCUACUGGCAAUAAACCCUAGGUGCUACUAAUAGGCCUCUGGUUUAUUGCCUAUACUUAGAAUUCAAGGAAAUGUUAUAUUUCAGUCAGAAGCUAAUGAAAAUAUAGUGUUGUUUUUUUUCCUGUCCAAGUUCAUGACACUUGGGUUCAUGAAUCAAAGAUUCAGGACUCCUGCUCGAGAGUGACCUUCCACAUGGCAGCUGUCAUUGUUUACCAAGCACUGAGCAUGAGAAUAGUAAAAAUAAUGGCUAAUGUUGGCUGAGUCCUUAUGAAGUACCAAGUAAGUACCCAGUGAUUUUGGAGGCUAGGAUUCAGCAGUGAAAGAAGCCAGUUCCUGCCUAUCUAGGGCUUUCAAUCUAGGCAGGGAAGACUGACAAAUGAAAUCAAAGAUCAUUUCAGAGAGCAGUGGGCACUAUGAAGUCAACAGAACAGUGCAGUGUAAUAGAGUGACUUGGAAGGGGAGAACAGAAGGGUCUGGUUUCCAGGGAAUGCUUCUGAGGAGGUGAUGUUUGCUGAGGCCCACGAUGAGGGGAGAGCCAUGCAAAGAUAGAGAGGAAGGGUGUUCCCGGCAUAGGAUGUGCAAAGUGUACAGGCCCAGAGGAGGGAACCAGCUGAAGGCCUUCCAGGGCCUGGCAGGAGGCCCAUGUGGCUGGAACAGAGUGCAGGGUGGGGGCUCAUUAGCACGUUGGAGACGGAGUCUGAGAGGCUGGCUGGGCCCAUCAGGCAGGCUUUGUGGGCCAGAGGAAGGGGUUUGGGUUUUCUUUUAAGUGUGACAGGCAGCCUUUGGCAGGUUUAAGCAGGCAGUGAUGUGAUCUAAUUUACACUUUGGAAAAGAUCCUUCCAGCUACGUGCAGAGAAGGUAGGGGGCCAGGCUGAGAGCAAGGGCCCAGAAAGGAGGCCACACCGGGUCCGGCUGAGCAGGGUGGAGCCAUGAGGAAGGGAGAAGCCGGCAGAUCUGGGAUGCAGUUUGGAGAGAAACUUAGUGGCCAGGGCCGUGGGGUUGAGAGAGUCAUGUGUAGCAAAUGAUCCCCAUGUUCUCCUCCUUAAGCCUUGCUCCCCGAUCUGAGAAACGGGACCUGACCUUGCUCCCUCAUUGCCUCUUCUGCCCCGCCCCCCCGACAGCCCAUCAAGGCCCCUGUGGGGCCAGCCACCCGCCCACAGGGGCCCUGGCAUGUGGGCUUCCCAGCUGGCCCCAAUUGUUGUUACUCCCCAGGGAGUCAUGGGAACACACUCCCCCUGCCCCCCUCUUCCCAGACAGGGCCAGGCCCUAACAAUGCUCCCUCAGCCCGCCAGUGGCCUGGAUACAAUGCCCCUGUUUCAGUUGGUUUCCUGGCCUGCUCAGCAUAUAUGUAACUCUGGCCUCCAGCAGGGAUGUUGUUUAAAAAAAAAAGAUCCCUGGCUCCUCCUCUCUGAAUAUCUUAAUAUAUUAUAAAGAGCCUUUCUCUUCCCAUACUGAGCCCUCCCUACUCCCCUCCGUCAUCGAAUUUGCCAUGUGCCUGUCAGCCUGGGGCCAAUGCAGGUCAGCAGGUGUCAGUGAGAAAAUGAGAGAAAAAGCUGCUUACUCCAGCAUGGCCAGCCCCUGUGUUGGGAAUGCUGAAGAGCGGGACGAGAAUCUGAGGGCUUAUGACAUUGCAGGCGCUGUGCCUGGCACAUUUUGUAUAUCACAUCUCAAACUUGUAAGUCACCAUCACAGAUGAAGUACAACAUAUUUUGAGCCCCUAAGAAAGAAAAGAGCUUUGACUAAAAAUGGACAUGCCAUCAAUUGUACCAUGCACCUCAAUUUUAGAGAUGUUAAAGUAUGAAAAGAAAUGUCUUAGUAUCAAUGGAAUUAACUGUCUCAUCUACAUAUUUCAUUGCCCUCCAAACAUAUUUUUCUCCUUGUCUCUCUGCCUACCUGUGCCAGGUGGAGUUUGGGAGGCAGCAAAGAUUGCUUCAUGAAAACUGCAGCCUAACAAGAACAGUUUUUCUUGUCUUCUUUGGAAAAGUCGAGAGAUGUAGGCAAACUGCUUCAGUGAUUCAUCUUUCAUUCUUAAUAACAGCUGGCAUUUAUUGAGCGCUCUCUAUGUGCCAGGUACUGUCCUAAGCCCUAAACUCAGUGUCCCCACAAUCCUAUCAGGCAAACACUAUUAUUAUUAUUAUUUUUAUCCUCAUUUUCAGAUGAAAAACAGCCCUUCUGCUCUCAGGUCCCCCUACUAACUCGCUGUGGCCAUGGUCAGGGCAAGCCCAGCCACCACGCCUGCUUUCCUCCUCUCCCUGGAAGAACAAAGCCCCUCCUUAGUUGUUGGGAUGAUACAGAGAAAGGAGUGGCCCUGGGCAAGCAGUAGAGAGGAGGUUCCCAGAGCAUGAGCUCAGGGAGUAAUGGGGUUUGGAGGAAGGGAGGUUCGGUUAUCAACCUGAGACCUAUCCACUUACAUUACACCCUGGACCCUUUGGCCCACUCCCCACUGAACAUAUGGACUGACCGAGGACCAGGGACUUGGCCAUGGCCGCAUGGCCAGACAGCUGUUGGCUGGCACUAAGCCCCAUAUCUCCUGUUUCACCACGAAUACCCACUUUUCCUACUCUUCCAUGUCUCUUUAGUGUAGUUACCUGCAAAGCAGAGGGACUACAUGGGUACAGGUUGAUUCCUUAGCAGUAAUCAUAUAAUUAAAAGAAAGCCAGAAACUUGAAUUUUUAUAUAGCAUUUUUCAAUUUAAAAAACCUCAGAAUUAAUUCAUAAUGCAGAAAAAAUUCUGUGGGCACAUUAAGUCACACCUAUGGAUCAUCUUAAAAACUCUGCUUGUCUUUUUUUUUUUUUCUCAUUCCACCCUGAGACCCAGCCUUGCCCCUUGUUCUACAGAUGGGGCAAGCACAGUUCUUCAAGAAUGAAUGACUUACUCAAGGUCAUCUAGCCAAGCCACAUGGUUGGGGUCUGCCUGGUUCAUAGGGCUUUUUCCUAUGGUUGACAGCCUCUCAGAUGGAUAAGAGGCCUGUGUUCACACCCAGCCAGAACUGGCACAGGGACAGAACAUCUCAAGGGACAGUAAACUGUCAAUGCAACAAUUCAGUGUAGCAACAAGGAUCAUUCAAGACAAACAUGAUGUUGCAGAUAGAAAACAACCUACCUCCCUCUGCCAGAACUCAACAAUGGAUGUCUCUGUGCCUCUUAAUAAAAUUAAGUCACCACAGAAUCAUUUCUCCCAAUUAUGCACCUAUUAUAGUGAUGGGAAAUAAAUAUUUGGAGAUUUUUUUUUAAGCUAAGAAUGUAUGUUUAGCGGUGGCGAGGUAUGUGGAAUAAAUAGCUUU